AUGACACGAGCUUUAGAAAGCUAUGAAAAAUGUCAAACGGAGUUGCAGUUGAAACUUAAUGAGCAGACGACAGCAGCAGAAGUAGCAAAUUGUCAACAUGUGGAUGAGAUGGCAGCAUUACGUACAGAAAUGGAGAAGCUCACAUCACAAUGUCGCGAAACUAUAGAAGAGCAGAUCACAAAGUACGCACAAUUGGAACAAGAGACUUACAAUUUAAACAAUGAGUUUAAUUCAAA